GCUCAAACUUCGUCUCGGCUUUCUCUGGAACUGUAUGUAUAUUCCACGUCGGGGAUGUCGUGGAGCGUCGCUGGAUGCCCGUCGACGGCGCCAUCCGAGCCUGCAGAGGGCGGCAGUGCAUCAGGAGUCUGAGGACGCUCGUACUCGGGGAAAGACGCCGGCAGAUCAUCUUCGAGCACGGGCCCUUCUUCGUGCAACGUGUCGCUUGAAGGCAGUGUGACAGGCAGGUUAGUUGCAGGUGUGCUGGGGCAUUGUGCACAGGAGACGGGUUUGUAUGAAAAAACAUGUUUUGCGACCGCGCGCCCGAUUCGGACUACGACCGCCCUUCACAGCCGAUGCGCUCCGAUGGCGGCCCCCUUCACGUGCCAAAGCAUCGAGAGAGUCAUACGCAAUGCAGACGCGUCGGUCAUAGUUUGGUAUAAAAGCGGAGACACCUUAUAUACACCCAGCCUCUUAUAAACCACGUCCCCCAUCUCCCAUCUCCCAACUUAGCCAGCCUCUUCAGCCUCGAAGACUCCACUGCCCGAGCCCGCCUUCCGUGACUUCGCGCUUGUCCUCACUAGUAUGACCGCCCAGAGAUCUACCGCUGCUUCUCGUCGACGGGGCACUUCUGUUCAGUCCACGACUCCUGCGCAGAUGAACGCGGCCAACCCGGCUCGUACCGAGGAGAUACCAGCGUCUGCCCCUGAUGAAGGUACGACGCGCAGUGGCCGGCGUGUCAUCCUCUCGCAACGCAGGGCUGAAGCAGAGCAAGACCGUCAAGUUAAAGAGGCCGCGACAGCCAAGAAGGCAAAGGAGUCCGCGUUGCGUGCCCGACAGGCCGAAGAGGAAGCUAAUGACUUCCGAGGCGAUAGUAUUGGGCCUGAAUCUGAGGAAGAGUAUGCUGACGAAACAGUAGCGAAGUUGGGCAGCACUAAACAGUUUACUGUCACGCACUCGACUGCGGACGAGCAUCCGGCUCGUCCGCGACUAAUUAGGCGUGCCAGACCGCGGGUCACGGAUGAGAACGACCCCGCGGAGCUACAGGAGACACUCGUGCCGGCUAAGCCGAAGAAACGUUCCAGCGAGCUUGUACGCCGUGCUGGUCAAAUCCCGCCACUGGUGGUGUCCGAGGAUAGCGACUGUCGACACGUUCAGACGCCGCCGCCAAAGAAAAAGUCAAUCGAGCUCACGCGCCGUGCUGGCCAUGUCCCGCCGGCCACCGCUGUGCUUCCUCCUCGGGUGCCGACUGACAGGCAGCUGACCGGCACUGCACCUAAGCAGACACCGUUGCGUGUCUCUAUCGUGCCGGCCCAUCAGCCCACCCCUCGCCUCUCUCACCAUCAGCUUGCCGAUCUGCAGCCGGCUUUCGGCCCUCUAGAUGAUAACUCGGGCACUGGGGACGAGCUCGAGCAUGUCUCUCAUUUCAGUGAUGAUGGUCAUAGUGACACCCCCGGCCAUUCUGCCUCUCCCGCACCGGCAUCAGCUAAGGCUCGCCCACGGCCGGCCUCUCUUUCCGUCGAGACGACGCAUAUCGUGAAGAAGCAGCGCAUCAUCCACGGCUCUGGAUCACGUGGACGACUGACUACAGGCGAUUUCGAGCCGUUUGAGGCUGGCCUGCUUGCUAUCUCCAAUCUCGUGUACCGCAGCUUGAUCUCAACUGACUGGCCAUUCCCUGACAACGAGGAAUCGACUACAUACUGCUCACUGGCUUGGGAUAAAGCUUGCAAGGUAAAGAAGGUGGAUGCCACCUUUGACGACAAUAUCAUUCAAAUGAUCACACCGCGUGCUUCACAGAUGCGCGGUGAAGUUAAAGCAAAGGCACGGUUGCUGGUGCCCGCACUUUAUGGUCUCCAGGGCAAAAGCAGCGAGGCGAUCCGUACUACCGUAGAAGGUCUGCUAUCCAGCGCAGCAUUCACGUUCAAGCAACCCGAUAUGCGUGGAGGUGCUUACAAGCACCCAAUCAUACAAGCAACCAUUAAUGAGACAUGGUUCGCAAACAAACGUGAUGAAGGGGUGGCCUUCCCCGAAUAUUUCGAGACGGACCUACAUAUGGGAAGCCGGUAUGUUGGCCGUGCGGGGCGUGGUAUACCUCUCGUAGCAAUAGCGCUUGUCUUGGCUGCGGUGGAGUGUUCCCUUGAGGAAUGGAGCACAGGCCAACGCUCAGACAUCAAGUUUACAGAGGAUGGCUAUCUGAAGGUCUUCGAGAAACACCUGAAAGAUAUCGAAAAAUUUGACAAGAACACUGCCGACAUGAAGAUCAUCCCGAGGAUCCAGGCGAAGCUACUCAAACGAGCUCGAGCAUUUGCGAAGGCCCCGGAUGAAGAUGAAGUUCAAGAGUCCAUGGGUCAGGAUGAUUAUGCCGCGGCUAGGAAGGAGUGGGAAGCAAACAGAUCAGGGGGCGAGAGUGACUAG